AUGACGUCACCGCCCCGCGAUGACACCAUCGAUGACGUCAUCACCGCCGCGAUGACGUCAUGGCAGCACGGGGGCGCCAUGGAGGACGGCAGCGCCGGGAAGGUCCCCCAACCCCCCCGACCCCAAAUCAAAGCCGAGGACGGCGGGGCUGAGCCACAGCCCAAGGAGGAGGGGGUGGAGGAGCAGCCCCCGCCACUCAGCGCCGCGUCCCACCCGCACAGCCUGCAAGCACAACAGCAACACCCAACACAACAGCACACCAACACCCAACACCACAGCACCCCAAAAGAGCAGCACAACAACACCAACACCCAACUCAACACCAUCCCAGCAGCAGCCCCCCAGCACCAACACCCAACAGCAGCACAGCAUCCCAACAGCAGCCCCCAACACCCAACACCGCAGCCCCCCAGCAACGCGCUUCCCACCCCCCGUUCACAGCACCGAAGGGGCGGAUGGAGGCCCAGGCCGCGUCCCUUGGCUCACACAGCUCUGUGUUCCUCCGCAGAGGAAAUCUCGGUGGUGUUCAGCACGGCGUUGAGGAGGCGACGGGAGAAGGGCGCAGCGCACGACGGCCCCGACCGCCGCAAAUCCAAAGUGUGGAACUACUACACCAAACUGGGCGACGCUUACGUGGAGUGCAACGUGUGCAGGAAGCAGCUCUCCUUCCACAACAGCACCACCACCAUGCGGGAGCACCUGGUGAGGAAGCACAGCAUCCGCGAGGCGCCGGCGGCUCAGCUGCGGGAGGAGCCGAUCCCAGAGCCCGAUGGACCGGAGCCUGCGGGGAAACGGCCACGGCCGGCCACGCCGGAGAGCUCUGCGAGCCACGGGGAGCCCCGGAGCGACGCCAUCACGGAGCUGCUGCUCGAGAUGGUCCUCCGUGACCUGCACCCCCUCUCCGUGGUGAAGGACGAAGGCUUGCGGCUCCUCCUGGGUUACCUGGAGCCCGGUUUCAGCCUCCCGUCGCCGGCACGGCUGUCUGGCAUGCUGCAGGACAGAUACAGCGUCACCAAGCGACACCUGGAGCGCUGCCUGCAGGCAGCACAGAGCGUGGUGCUGUGUGCUGAGCUCUGGGUGUCCCAGCCGGGCCGUGCUUAUGUCACCGUCACCGCCAGCUUCGUCGACGCGCAGUGGCAGCGGCUGCAGUGCGUGCUGGAGACGCGGCAGGACGACGACGGCGGCGCUUUGGAGGAGAGGCUGCGUGCCACGCUGGAGGAGUUCGGGCUGGACGGCGGGUCGGUGUUCUGCGUGGUGCACGACGGCGUCGCCGGGUGCUCCGCAGGGCCGGGCUGGCGGGUGCUGCGCUGCGCGGCUCGCACCUUGCAGCAGUGCGUGGCCGCGGGGCUGCGGGUGCAGCGGGUGCAGGAGGCGCUGAGCGCAGCGCGGGGCCUGGUGGGUCAUUUCCAGCGGGACGCCGAGGCGGCCGCGGUGCUGGGCCGCAAGCUGGAGGCCAUCCACAAGGCCCAAGGGAAGCUGGUGAUGGACGUGGGCUCGCAGUGGCUGAGCACCGCCGAAAUGUGCGAGAGCCUCCUGGAGCUGAAGUGGGCGGUGAUGGCGGUGCUGGAGGAGCAGCCCCGCGGCGCGGCGGCUGCACGCGGCCUGGCGGAGCAGCAGUGGAAGCUGCUGCAGGAUCUGCUGCCCGUGCUGCGCACCGCCAAGCUGGCCGCGUCCUUCCUGUGCGAGGAGCAGAACGGAUCCAUCUCGGCACUGCUGCCCUGCGUGCACGGCCUGGCGGCCGCCAUCAAGCAGCAAGCGGAGGAGGCCGGAGCCGUCAUCCAGGAGGUGGUGGGGAACAUCCGAGCGGAGCUGGCGCGGCGCUGGGGGGUGGCGGAGGACGAGGAGCUGCUGGAGAACCCGGCCGUCAUCGCCGCCUUCCUCGACCCGCGUUUCAAAGAGCUGAGAUUCCUCAGCCCCGAGCUGAGGAGCGCGCUGCACAGGAAGGUGAAGGACGUGCUGUCAAAUGCUGCGGGCCCUCAGCCCCCCCAGCCCGCACGCAGCCAGGUGCCGAGCUCAGAGCGCACAGCAGUGAGCGGGGAAGCGGGUGCCAAAGAGCAGAGCGUGUACGACAUCCUGCUGGGGAAGGACCCGACCGAGAGCAUGCCCGAGAUCCAGCAGCAGCUGGAGAACUACAUGGUGGAGCCACUCUGCAGGCGCAGCACCGACCCGCUGAGCUGGUGGAAGCAGAACGAGCACCGCUUCCCCGCCGUGGCCCGGCUGAGCCGGCAGUAUUUGGCUGUGCCCGCCACCGCCGUGCCGCCCCGGCGCGCUUUCGCCGGCAGCCAAAGCGCCUUGCAGCACCGGCGCGCCGCGCUGGAACCCGAGCAUCUCCAUCACAUCCUAUUCCUGCAUCACAACUCCCGUCUGGUGGAGACAAGGAGGGGGAAUCCGUGCUGAGUGCUGCCGUGGGCUCAGUCGGCGCUGCUCCCCUCCUUCACACCCACACGGCUGUGUCACUGCGGCAGAGCCCGGAGCGCGCACCGCGAGGUG